AUGGGGAGAGUUCCAAAAGAAACUGAAAAUGGAUUUGCAAGUCUCAUCAUAAAUUCACUCCUUUCUCAGACCUGUAGCAUUACAAAACUAUGGGAUAUUGACAUUUUAGAUAUAAGAGAUCCUAUAGAGACAAAGUCGAGAAAAGAGUUAGAGACAGCAGCAUUGGAUUAUUUUCAGAAAACAGUCACGAAUAAUGAAAAUGGGCGUUAUGAAUUUCAUUUGCCAUGGUUGGAAACUAAAGAUUAUCUCCGGCAAAAUAAGUCCGUUGCUGAAAGAAGAUGCAUUUCAACUUCAAUGAAGCUCAAAGCUGAAGGCAGAUACGAAGAUUAUGAUGCAGUUUUUAAGGAUUGGGAUGACUCUAAAAUAAUCGAAUUGGUGCCAGAAGCGGAAAUCGGGGAAUCUUCUCACUACCUACCACACAGAGGAGUUUUUAAGGAACAUUCUACUGCUCGUGUCAGGCCAGUUUUUGAUGACUCUUCCCAUGAAAAAGGUUUUCCUUCGCUGAAGGACUGUCUUGAAAAGGGACCUAAUCUUUUGGAAGAAAUACCACCAUUGUUAAUGAGAUUUCGGAUGGACAACAUUGGUGCAGUAUCAGACAUUAAGAAGGCCUUCCUGUAA